ACCACCACACUCACCUCGACACCAACCUCACCCACACCAGCAUCUUAUACCUCUCUCAAAGAAUUCAAAGACACAGUCCUAUCCAUAAGCAACGACUACCGCAACGAACACGACGCCUGCACAUUAACAUGGAACGACACACUAGCCGACUACUCCCGCAACUGGGCCCAGCAAUGUAAAUGGAAGCAUUCUAAAGGGCCAUACGGCGAAAAUCUCUCCUUCGGCUACCCCAACGCCUCCUCCGCCAUCGCAAUCUGGGGCGAAGAACGCAAAAUGUACAACUUCAAGCUCCCCACAGGUUUCACCGAGGAAACCGGGCAUUUCACGCAAUUAGUCUGGAAAGCUACGACGCAGGUUGGUUGUGCGGCCGUGGACUGCGGGUAUGAUGAUGAUGAUGCAAAGGAUGAGGAAACGGGGGAUUUUGAGAAGGCGUUGGGGUGGUAUGUUGUUUGUGAGUAUGCGCCGGCGGGGAAUGUUAUGGGGAAGAAUAAGAAGUGGUUUAAGGCGAAUGUUGUGCCGGAGAAGGCGAGGGGUGGUGGUGGACGAACCGGGUCU